GUCAGCUCCCAUGGCCAAUGUGAAAUAUUGAGUGGGGAUCACUGUGUGUGUAGUAUCAAUAUGUAAUAAGUAAAGAUAAAUGCAGCGUUAGAUAUAUGACAUUUGAAUGCUGUAUCACAAAUGGGGAAAAAGAAGCAAGCUAAGAGUUUGACGGCAAUUGACAAAUUAGCGAAAAAAGAUGAAAAGGCUAAGAAGACGUAUGCUUUGUCAAAGACAGAAGCUUCCUCAAGUCAUCGACAUGAGAAAGACGAACAGCCAAAGGUUGUGAUCCCGGACCGCCUGGAGCAGGAGAUAAUCGAGAUGAUCCUGGAGCACCAGCAGGACAACAAGGUCCAGGGAGAUGUGUCCAAGAGGCUGUCCACCAAGAAACUCACUGAUCUGUACAACAACCUGUCAGAUGCUGGGUUCUCUCAGAAGCAGAUCGAGGCCGCCAUGAACAAUACGGUGGCACAUGGUGGCGACCUCAUCAGUGCCCUCGACUGGCUGUGUCUCAACACAAGGAACGAUGAACUCCCUGAAGGCUUCUCCCAGACCUUGCUGCGAGAAGAACAGAAACGAAGACCCCAGUUUGAUGCCUCACUUCAGGCCCUACCCACAACUACUGACCCUAGCCCAAGUAGUCAAGCACAGUCCGCAGGAGCAGCCGAGAAACAGGUUGGUAGUUCUGCAGCCCCUGAACAGAAAUCCUCAGUCAAAGAUUGGAUUCUGAACUAUGCUGAGUUUUCAGAUGACUCGGAGGAUGAACAGGAGGAAACUGAAGAUGACCCAAAUGAGCGCUACCUUGCUAUGACAGCCAAGUUGCUGGAUGCCAAGAGUCAGGCAGCCCAGGCUAAACAGGAGGCCAACAAGACGCAGCAGAAAGAGCUGUCCAAGAAGAUCAGGGAUAUAAGACAAGAAAUGGAUUUUCUUGAACUUCAACCUGGAUUUAACCCAGCUGUAAAAAUAAAAGAUAUUGACCAAGAGAAAAUAGGGGCAUCAGGUGCAAACCAAUCAAAAGGUACCAGCACCCUGAAUGACCCAUCAGAUUCCAUGAGGCCAGUGAGUAGCCAAUCAACAGCCCGCAGAUGUGAAAAGAACCAAUCAGCUGAAGGGGACUCUUUUGACUUAUCAGGGUUUGCAGCAAUGGAAGAACAAGCAACAUCUGUUGACAAACCAGUUAAAGUUGCAGCAAAAGAGGUAAAGAUGGAUGUGAGAAACUUUGAGUACACUCGUCAGCAGUGGACAGGGAAGUCUCCCAAACAGUUCCUUAUCGACUGGGUGCGCAAACACCUGCCACGGAGUGACCCACCAAAGUUUGACAAGAAGCAGCACAAACAGAAGUGGAGGAGCACAUGCAAGGUGGAUAGGAAGAAAGAUGAUGGCAUGUUAUCGGUGACGCCUGAGAUUUUGUGUGAAAACAACAUGGAAUCCCAGCAUCUGGCUGCCACGCUGGCACUGUAUCACCUGUGUCCCGGACAGCCAAUCCACCAGUUGUUGCCACCGCCGUACAGAGAUGUGUGGCUGGAGUGGAGAGACGCUGAUAAUGCCGUCAAGCAGGAGGCCAAGGAGAAGGAAAACAAACCACGAGAUCAGUUCAUCGCCAGAUUCCUGAAGAAAGUCCAGAUGGAGGACAAGAAGCUCACACCUGCCAAAGUGAAGGUCAGCGAGAGACAUGAUGAAGAAAUGACAUGGGAAGACCUUGCAGAUGAGGAUGACUGGGGCCCACAUACAAGCAAAAGACCAACAUCUUCUCACGCCUCGAGGCUUGACAGCAGCGCCUUGAUACAGCUGAUGAAGGACAGGCUGUCAUCCCGCGUCUACAAGACUCUGCUGGGCACAAGGCAGAGGUUGCCGGUGUUCCAGCACAGGGAUAAAGUCAUGGAUAGGAUCAACAGAGAGAAUGUGGUAGUGGUUGCUGGAGAAACAGGAAGUGGCAAGAGUACCCAGAUACCUCAGUUUGUCCUAGAAGAUGCAAUACUGUCUGGUGCGGGAUUGCAGUGCAAUGUAGUGUGCACCCAGCCCCGUCGCAUAUCCGCCGUGAGUCUGGCCAAGCGGGUGUCCGAGGAGCUGGGUGAGGGGGGGCCUGGACAGAAACACUCUCUCUGCGGCUAUCAGAUACGCUUCGAGUCCAAGAAAGGGCCCAACACAAAACUCACCUACUGCACUACUGGGGUGUUGCUACGACAACUGCAGCAGGAUCCACUGAUGUCACAUGUCACACAUAUUAUUAUUGAUGAGGUUCAUGAGAGAAGUGUCCAGUCCGAUUUCCUGAUGAUUGUUGUCAAGGAGAUUCUGAGUCAGAGGAGAGAUCUCAAGGUGAUACUGAUGAGUGCGACCUUGGACAGUGAGAAAUUCUCAGCCUACUUCAGCCACUGUCCAGUCAUUAACAUUCCUGGCCGGACGUUCCCAGUGCAGGUCUAUCACAUCGAAGAUGUUAUAGAGACUAUCGGCUACGUGGUGGAUGAGGACUCACCUUACACACUCAAGUCUGGGCAGCUGGUGGAGGAGGAGAGUGCCACGCUGGAGGUGACAGAGAAGGGUGGAGACUCGUCCCAGGUGGACGUCUACUGGACCAAGCAGGACAUCACUAAGAUUGACAUGACUGACCUCCCUGCUGACCAGUACAGUCUGAAGACCAGGAACGCCGUCACGAGGCUGAACAUGAAGAGGAUCAACAUGGACCUCAUCAUGGAGAUCCUGCGUUACCUGGACAAAAAGCAGCCGUUCUGCAGUGUUGAUGGCUCGGUGCUUGUGUUCCUUCCCGGCCUGUCCGACAUCCAGGAACUGUACGAAAACCUGCAGGCAGACAGGCACUUCUCAGACACGACACGGUACCGAGUCCUGGCACUUCACUCAGUGUUGUCCUCCACGGACCAGAACCAGGCCUUCACAGUGCCACCUGCAGGGGUCAGGAAGAUCGUCAUAGCAACAAACAUUGCAGAGACCGGCAUCACCAUACCUGAUGUUGUAUUUGUCGUUGAUGCAGGGAAGGCAAAGGAAAACAGGUACAUCGAGUCGAGUCAGAUGAGCUCCCUGGAGGAAGUUUUCAUCAGUAAAGCCAACGCCAAGCAGCGCCAAGGUCGAGCAGGUCGUGUCCGGGAGGGCUACUGCUUUAGGCUGUAUACGCAACAAAUGUAUGAGAAUUUCCGGCCCUUCACUGUCCCUGAGCUGCUGAGGGUUCCGCUAGAAGAACUUUGCCUUAACAUCAUGAAAUGCAAGUUUGGCAAGCCGGUUGAGUUCCUGAGCCGAGCUAUGGACCCUCCUCAGUCUGUGGUGGUGUCCAGAGCACUGGCCCUCCUACGGGAUGUGGGGGCGUGUGACUUGGAGGGAGGGAGCCUCACCCCCCUGGGCCACCACCUGGCCGCCCUCCCAGUGCAUGUCCGCAUCGGCAAGAUGCUCAUCUUUGCAGCCAUCUUUGGAUGUCUGGAACAAGUGGCAGUUAUUGCAGCAGCAAUGACUGAGAAGUCACCGUUUGUUGUUCCACUUGGCAAACGGGAUCUUGCCGACACAGCUAAAAGGGCUAUGUCCAUUGCCUGCUCCGACCAUCUCACUGUGUACAAAGCAUUUGAAGGUUGGGUUACUGCUCGCAGCCAAGGGAGACAAGCGGAACACUCGUACUGUAGUAAAAACUUCCUGAAGAGGAACACCUUGAUGGACAUAGAGAAUGUGAAGAAUGACCUCGUGAAGCUGGUGACCUCAAUUGGUUUUGAGAACAUCACCAUGUCAAGCGUGCGGAGGUCAAAGGGGAAGAGGCCAGAUGUGCUUGAUAUCAGCAGCAGCACCACCAUCGACCAGGGCCUCACUACGGACACCAUCGCAGUGGUCCGAGCGGUCAUCACUGCCGGGCUGUACCCCAGCGUGGCCCAGAUCAGCUUCACUCCUGCAGUGGACGCUGCAGCCAAUCCAGAGAAAAUUGUUUGCCUUGCUGAAACAUCCCAGGGAAUUGCACAGAUACAUCCGUCCUCCGUCAACAGGUUUCUCCAGGCUAAUGGUUGGCUUGUCUAUCUUGAAAAGGUGAAGCUGUCGCGGGUGUACCUGCGUGACUCCACCCUCACCUCCUCAUACCCACUCAUGUUGUUUGGGGGCGACAUCGACGUGCAGCACACCCAGCAGGCUGUCUCCAUAGAUACGUGGAUACAGUUCAAGGCAAAGGCAAAGACGGGUGUUAUAUUCAAGGAACUUCGAUAUUUACUGGCAGACAUGUUACAGAAGAAACUUGAAGAUCCAGCUCUAGAUCUGAAAGAGGACAUGUUGAUUCCACUAAUCCGGAGACUGAUCACUGCUGAGAAAACUUGAUGUCUGUUUGAAGAUAUUAUUUGCAAUUAUUGUAAAAACAAAUAUGAAUAAAUUAUAUCUUAUUUUC